AUGAAUUUCCGUCCUCUGGAUAAAAUCCUAGAAAAAUCCCUUCCAGCAACCUAUUUUAGCCCAGUUCUCACGCACGUGACUGAAACUCAUUGGACACCCUGGUGGGAGCAGGAAAUGCUACUGUCUCGGCCCCACGGCAGCAAUCCAAUAGCAAAGCAACUGGUUUGCAAGCCUGCUCCCUUGACUAAGAAAAACACACAAUGUAGUCAUUCACCCUUGAAGUUUAUCGAGCAUGCCGUACAUGACUAUUUCUCCCGGCUCUGCACUUUCUCUCGGGAUUCUUCCAUUGGCCUUUUCCACCUACCUUUCGGUCGAGCGUACAAGUUUACUCCAAGCAAGGAAUUGAUGACUCAUCUCCACGUACAGGUUACCUCGUGGAUGGAUGAUCAAUCCGAAGAAGACAGUCAGAAACAAUACCUAAACUGCGAUCCAGAAAGUGAACCACUGCACCUUGUUCCUCCUAUCAUGCCAAAAAUUCCCAAUCUAAGGAGGAUGCGGCUGUUUGAAUACUUCAACUUGUAUUUGUCGGCGCAACAGUCCUCGCGCAUGAUUCACUUGCAGUUUAGUAUCUCCAGGUCUGGGCAAGUUGGAUUGUCGCCGGAGGAGCGGGUUUCCUCCACCCAUUUCCGGACUCUUGUGGUCCUGGAGAUCAAACCUGUUUUGAUGCUUGAGGAAGUAAGCAUGAUGAAAGAUGCAGAGCUUCGUAUCAUUGUCCAUAAGCCGGAGGUGGUUAGCAAGAUUAUUCGUCUAUUGGAUCUCAAGGCCAGUGAAUUUUUUGAGAUUGAACGCGGUGAAGGUUGCUCCAAACUUGAUUGA